UUAUAACUGUGGACAACCAAACUUCUUGUUCACCGUUGAGGAAGGAAUGCAGUGCGAUGAAUGUAAAAAGUGAUACCAUAAGAUGUGUACACGUCUAAGUCCUACGGCAUACAAAAGAUGCUCGAAGCCUAACUCGCAUUGGCUUUGUAUUUUUUGCUGUACAAAUAGGAAGUUACUAAUCCACAAGGCUAUGAGCCUAUUGGCUUUAGCCUGUAAGAAAAACGAUGGCUGUUGCGCUGAUAACACGAGCACUGACGGUGAAGAAUGUGUCAGUGUAGUACGUGUUGCUACCGGACCCGUUAAACAUCCGACUGUGAUUGACGGGAAAGUGAAAUCUUCGUUAACAUUAACGAGGAGUGAAGUGCCGAUUGAUAUUGACAUUGGUAAUCAUACACCUUCAGUGGAAAUUGAAGACCCGGAUAAAACUGUUACCGUUCCAAAUAGUCCCGGCGUGGCUGUACUGAGUGAUGAUAAAUGGACUUCAGUACGGAGAGAAAGAGAUGAGAAGAAAAAAGCUGUAGGCGAACAGCAUCUGGUUAUCAAGUCAUUGGAAGAGACGGUAUGAGAGACAAAAACUCCACUGCGUGUUAAGACAGACCUCAUGAGUCGUCAGCCAUUUUUUAUAAGUUAAGAGAAUCUU